ACACAACCACUCUACGCUUCAACCCCAGGACUUUCUCCACCUUCAUCCAGACUGAUAAACACAACUAUAGACCAGGAGACACGGUCAAAAUGAGAGUCCUGUCCGUCCAACCAGACGGCAAGCCACACAAGGGCCGUGUGUAUGUCUCAAUAAGGGAUCCCAAAGGGAACCUCAUCCAAGGGUGGCCGUCCCUGAACAGUUACCUGGGCGUUGUGUCCAAAGAAUUCCACUUGUCUCAGACCACUCCCCUCGGCAUAUGGACCAUCGAGACCAUGGUGGAUGAGUUGACCACAGAGGAGCAGUUCGUUGUGGAUUACUAUGAGCCGCCCCACUUUAAUGUGCAGGUAAAGACGGCCCCAGAGAUUGUCAUGGUAGACGACCUCUCAGGGACUGUGACUGCUCAACACACCAAUGGACAGCCAGUCCAGGGGACACUGUCUGUCACCGUUACUCUGGUGUCUGCUUUGUUCAACUCUGGCCGUCCAACCAUUGUCCAUAAUGCAACUAAAGAUAUUCAUGGGUCGACCCAGUUUCUCAUCAGCCAAGAUGAUCCUCCUGUACGCCAGCACAGUGCAACAGAUCUGAGUAAUUCUCAGCACCACACCAAUGGAAUCCUUUAUAUUACAGCUUGUGUUACAGAGAUGUCCACAGGACUCAAAACCAAUAAGACUGUGGUCGUGCACGUUAUGGAGAAUACAUACCACCUUGAAUUCUACAAUUUCCCACAUGUUCUGAAGCCAUCUUUAAACUUUUCAACACAUCUGAAAAUAUCCAGGUACGACAACGACCCUCUGACUCCAGAGGAUCGGAUUAACUCUGUGUUCAUUGACAUCGGUCACAGAACAUCUAAGCCCAUCGGACAGAACCAGGGAGAAACCAACUCUGAUUCACCACAAGACAAGAUGGAGGACAUAAAAAGCUAUAGACGCUUGACUCUACCAGUGCCUGAGGAUGGGAUCGUACACAUUGAGUUCCAGUUACGCAAACAAGUAGAGAUGCUUUUCAUUCAGGCCAUGUUCAUGGGCAGUGAGGAGAGCCUGGAGCUCUACAAUAGUAACCACUCCUCUCCCAGGGGAUCAUACAUCCAGAUCCAACGCCUCCGCUCUCCACCACAGAUUGGAAAACCUCUUCCUAUAUCUGUAGGGAGCACUUUCCAACUCACUGAGCUUCACUAUCUGGUGACGUCCAGGGGUCAGGUGGUGGCUGCUGGGACAGCAACCUCUCCCUCCUUCUCUCUGUCCCCUGCAGUAUCCUGGUCACCAGAGGCCUGCAUCACUGUGUUCUGUGUCCUACCAGAUGGAGAGAUCAUCAAUGACUCAAUGCACGUCUUCAUCAAGCCCCAUGGAGUCCUACAAAAUGAAGUAUAUCUGAGCUGGAGCCAUGAGAAGGUGAUGCCAGGUGAAGAGGUGUCCCUCACUGUCCUUGUGAUUGAACCUGGCUCUCUGGUCGGAAUCAUGGUGGUGGACAUGGGGGACAAGGACUCUGCCUCUGGUGACAUCACAGAGGAGAAGGUGCUGGCGGAAAUGACUGAAUACCUCAAGGAGGAGAUAACCCUUCACCAUAGUGGAAUAACUGGAGGGAACGACAGCCCGCUCUCCGUUUUCACGGCUUGCAACCUUGUGGUAUUAACAGAUGCCAGUUUACAUACAACUGGAGAUUAUCAGGAGACUGAAAUGGAUCAUGAGGCGGAGGCUCUCAUGAGAGAGGAUCAGCCGGAGUGGAGGCCUUCCAUGGGACAGGACUUCUCGAAGACCUGGCUGUGGCUGGACAUGAACAUCAGUGAGUCAACAACAACUAGUUUCCAUGUGGCUGUCCCAGACAGCAUCACCUCCUGGAGAGCAAUGGCGUUUGUUAUGUCGGAUAACCUGGGCUUGGGCCUCACCUUUAAACCACAGAAGCUGAUAGUGUCCACAGAUGUCUCCCUGUCUCUGGAUGUCCCAGAAUGCAUCACCAGAGGGGAGCAGCUUGUCCUCGAGGUCAACCUCUUCAACCAUCUAGAAGAGGACACGGAGGUCAUAGUGGUGGUUGCUGAGAGCUCUCGCUUUGAGUUUGUUCUGGCAGACCAAGACCUUGUUUCUAUGGUGAACGCACGUAGAGUGACGGUGGGGAGCCAGGGCGGCGCCACCGCUCUCUUUCCCAUCAGGCCUCUGGUUUUUGGAGAGAUAUUGAUGUCUGUGAAAGCAAUGACUGGACAGGCCACAGAAAAGAUUGUUCGUAAAGUGCUUGUGAAGCCUGAGGGUAAAGAACAGUCCUACUCCGAGACCGUGUUCCUGGAGGUGGUUCCGACCAACCAUAACCUGUCCAGACAGCUCCACUUCUCCUUCCCUCCAGAUGUAGUGCCAGGCAGCGAGAGGGUUCACGUGGCAGUGGUUGGUGAUAUCUUGGGCCUGUCCAUCACAGGGCUGGGCUUGCUGGUUAAGAUGCCUCUCGGCUGUGGAGAGCAGAACAUGAUCAACUUCGCUCCCAACGUCUAUGUCCUGCAGCGCUUGGCAAAAUCCAUCCAGCCAUACGAGGAGAUACGCAGCAAGGCUUUGUCAUACAUGAUGGAAGGAUAUCAGAGACAGCUAUCUUUCCAGAGAGAUGAUGGAUCCUUCAGUGCCUUUGGAGCCAGCGACACUUCUGGUAGUACCUGGCUGACAGCGUUUGUCCUGAGGUGUUUCCUGCAGGCCCGGUCCUUCAUGCAGAUUGACCAGAGUGUUCUCUCCAAGGCCAUGGGCUGGCUGGUCCAGCAGCAGGGAUCCCAGGGAGAGUUCAUCGAGAUGGGCAGAGUCAUUCAUACUGAGCUGCAGGGAGGCCUGGAUGGACCCGUCUCUCUCACCUCCUAUGUACUGGUGACACUGCUGGAGGACCAGGCCUAUGGGAGCAUGUUCCCCGGCAACGAGUCCCUGACCACGAGCUAUCUGGAGGGCGAAGUGGCUAGCGGGGUGUCCAGUAACUACAGCCUGUGUCUGGCGGCAUACGCCCUGUCUCUGGCUAACAGUCUCACCGCAGGCACAGCCCUGGAUGAGCUCAAGAGGAGAGCUGAUAUUAGAGAUGGGGUCCAGACCUGGCGGUCGUCCAGUGCCGAGGUGUCCGACUCAUGGCAGCCGCGAUCAGCAGAGAUAGAGAUGGCUGCCUACGUGUUGCUGGCGCUGUACAAGCGGGCUAGUGUGGUGGAGGCCAUCUCCCUCAUGAAGUGGCUGAGUCUGCAGAGGAACCACCUGGGGGCAUACGGGAGCACACAGGACACAGUGGUAGCCCUACAAGCCCUGUCGGUCUACGCUGCCUUUAGUGGGGCAGAUGCCAUUGAGCUGGGGGUCGAAGUGUCCACCUCAGUCUCACCUACAGUGUCCCAUUUCAACAUCAACUCCACCAACUACCUGGUACAUCAGAGCAAAGAGGUAGAUGCUGAACAAGAUUUACUCAUCAAUGUAUUUAUGGAGGGAAGAGGAUUCGCCUUAUUUCAGAUGAAUGUGUUCUACAACAUAGAGGACAGAGUGCUGUCUGAGAGGAGCCAUGAUGACGCAGACCAUGAAGGUUUCUCUCUGGAAGUUGAAGUGUUAGAUGAUGAGGAUGACCUGGACCAUAUCAUGUUAUCCCUAUGCACCAGGCUGCUGGAGAGCCAGAAGAUAGCUCAGACAGGUAUGGUGCUGGUAGAUGUAGGUGUGCUGAGUGGCUUCACCCUUGCGCCACAGGCUGUUGCCACGGGUGACCUGGUCAGAAAAGUUGAGGCUUCUCCUGGGAAAGUUAGCCUCUAUUUAGAUUCAUUGACCACAACACAGGUGUGCAUCAGAAUCCCAAUGAUAAGAAACUUCAAAGUGUCACGUGUGCAUGAUGCUGUGGUUCAGGUGUACGACUACUAUGAACCAAGGCGUAAAGCAGUGAGGUCCUACAACUCCGAUGUGAUGCAGGACAUGGGCUCCUGUGCCUUCUGUGGGAGAGACUGCGGUCUCUGCAGGCAAGAAAUAUUAAUCUCGAGCUCCUCCACCGCCCACACAAAGAACACUGCCAUCUACUGGUUGGGAUGUGUACUGAUUGCAAUUACAGCUUUACUGUUAUAACAAUAUCAAUGUCUCCUGGACAGUUCUACGUAGACAUAACUGGCACCAUAGAAUCUAUGGGAUGUGUGAGAUAACGAGCAGCAGUAGUUCUGAUGUUGAGUUUUUUUCGUUGCUAGUUAUUUGGACAAAUCACGAUUUUAGAAUUGGGAGCGGACAUUCGGCCCGUAACUUGUAAAGAGAGAGGGUGGAGCUCCUGAUUCUAGCAUUUCUUGAUCACUUUUGGACCCAGAACUUAAUCCAGCAGCUGCCCAAUUACACAAGACUUUAGUUCUAUGUUACUGAGAUUGUAAUAAUAUAAACUGCAUAUUUUAAAAGCCGUUGUCAGAAGGCAAAAACUACCUGUAGAAAUAUCUAAUUAUUAUUCUAUGAAUAUAUUUUAUUUACUUUAGCCUUAACCAGUAAAUUGGUCAAAUCAGACUGUUUUAUUAGCUAUUUGAUGCGCUGGAUUUAAUGUGGAAUGUACUUUUAAUAUUUAUCAUAAAUCUGGGUUUUUUAGUAACCUCAUUCAUUUGUACCCAAAUGUAAACAAAGUCAAAUAAAUUGAGGUGAAUAUACA